CAUUUUUUUUAAAAAAAAUGGUGCAAAAUCUUCCAACAAUCAAACACUGGGAUCUUUUCAGUUUUGGCUUUGCAGAAGAAAAACAAAAUAGGAGCAGCUGUGAGGCUCUGCAUAGCAAGUAGCUUCUAAGCUACAUGACAGCUUCUGGAUUUCAGCCCCAUUGGGAAAUACACAGUCUCCUGGUUUAUUACAUGGCAGGCAGUCCAUGGUCUGAUGAAAGAAUCAACUUUGGAAAGACAGGAUUGGAGUCGGUAAAUUGCUUGCAGUGAAGGUGACAAAAUUCCUUGGAAAUACGGCUAUUGGAUAAGAUGACUUCUACAUACACUUGGAUACUGACUUCUCCAUAUAUGCUGGAAUAUUGAUUAAAUCUUGCUGGAUUUGUGGAUCUUUUAAAAAGGUCUUCUAAGUAGUUUAUGGACCUUCCUACAUUUGUGUAUUUUCCAUCCAUCCCCAGCUUCUUUUCAUCUUGUCAACAUGGAUUUUUAAUAUUAAUAUAUUUGCUGAUUCACUCUUAGUCUUCACUUUGAGAAGCAGAUGACUGAAUAACUUUUUAUCAGUGCCUUUUAUUUUUUAAACUUUUUUUACAGUUCAAAUAAAAUUGCACAUUUGUUGGUGCUUUAUCUUUCCUUUCUUCCAUUAUUUUUAUCUUUAUUAUUGAAAAAGAACAAAUUUGCAUCUUGGCUGAAAAGCCUGAGCCUUUCCUACUGGGGGAAGGCGGCCACAUUAUUUUUCCCCAGAACCUGGAAAGCAAGAAUUAAGUAUCUGUUGUGAGUGGUCACUGGAAAGAUUUUACCCUGUCUGCUUCAACGCCCCCACCACCACUCCCCCCUCCUCUUCCCCCUCUCCCCCACCCCACCCCACCAAGAAUGGGGCCUGUGCUCCUUCGGCGUGGAGGCUGCCUCCUACUUUGGAUGGCACUGCUCCUGGGAUGUUGGGCUGAACUUGGCAGUGGCUUGGAGUUCCCAGGAGCAGAGGGCCAGUGGACUCGCUUCCCCAAAUGGAAUGCCUGCUGUGAAAGCGAGAUGAGCUUUAACAUGAAAACCCGCAGUUCCAGUGGGCUGGUCCUUUACUUUGAUGAUGAGGGCUUCUGCGACUUCUUGGAGUUAAUUCUGACACAAGGUGGGCGGCUCCAGCUAAGUUUCUCCAUCUUCUGUGCUGAGCCUGCCAUCUUGCUCUCUGACAUGGCUGUCAAUGACAACCUGUGGCACACUGUGGUCAUUCGCCGCAAUUUUAAGAAUACAACACUAUUAAUUGAUCAGGCUGAAGCUAAAUGGGUAGAAGUGAAGUCUAAGCGGCGGGACAUGACGGUCUUCAGUGGUCUCUUUCUAGGAGGGUUGCCUCCAGAGUUACGUUCACCUACCCUGAAAGUAACACUCUCCUCAGUGAAGGAUAGGGAACCUUUCAAAGGAUGGAUAACAGAUGUAAGAGUCAAUUAUACACAGUCUUCACCUUUGGAGAGUCAAGAAGUACGUCUGGAUGAUGAACAGAGCCACUUAUGUGCUAGAGAUAUUUGCCUCAAUGGUGGUGUAUGCUCUGUGCUCAACAAUCAGGCGGUGUGUGACUGCUCCCAUACUGGUUUCCAUGGGAAGGAUUGCAGUGAAGGUCUGGCGCACUUGAUGAUGGGCGACCAAGGUAUGGGUUCUGCUCCUUUUCCACUCUGCUUCAAUCAUUUUAUUUUAUUUUAUAAAAGUCUUUGUUUAUUUUUUGUGUAG